CCUUGUUACAGUGGUGCCGAAACCCGGGAAGGAAGAAGAGCAUCGCCGCCAUGCAAUCUCCGUCAGGUACGCCAUUUGCGGACAUCAUCCAGUCGCUCGCCGGUCUUCAUCAGGAACAACAUCAACACAUGCUGGCGAUCAAGGAGGAGCAGGACAAACGCUUUGAGGCGCUCCUCCGGGCCCAGCAUGAAGACCGCGAGCUAUUCCGGAGCUGGGUAGACCGGGAGGCCCGGGCCACCCCUUCGUUUAAAGACCAGACAUCUCCUCUGCCGCUCAACAAGAUGGGGCCUCAGGAUGACCCGGAGGCCUUCCUGGACCUGUUUGAAAAAUCGGCAGAGGCUCGAGGGUGGCCCCCUGUGGACUGGCCCCUGCGGCUCAUUCCCCUGCUGUCCGGGGAAGCGCAGGUGGCCGCUCACCAACUGCCAGUCCAAAACCUCCUGGCCUACCAGGACCUCAAGCGUGCCAUCCUCCAGCGGGUCGGUCGGACUCCGGAGCAACAUCGCCAGAGGUUCAGGACUCUAACCCUGGAAGAGUCUGGCCGGCCCUUCGUGAUGGCACAGCAGCUCCGGGAUUCCUGCCGCAAGUGGUUGAUGGCCGACAGUAGCGACGUCGAGGACGUGAUCGAUCGUGUGGUACUGGAGCAGUUCGUGGCCAAGCUGCCAAGGAAGACAGCGCAGUGGGUCCAGUGCCACCGGCCGACGUCGCUGAACCAGGCCAUCCAGCUAGCGGAAGACCAAAUGGUGGCGUGUCCAGGGGUCGGCGACCCCUUACCAUCUGCUUCUCUCUCUCCUUCUCUCUCCUCCCCUCCCCUCUCUCUCCCUAAAUCUGUCCCUCUCCCCAGGUCCCGUGGGGGGCUUCCGUCGAAGCUAGCCCCGAGGUGGAGGACGAAUUACGGGGCUGAGUCACCAGCAGGUCCCAGGGCUCCUCCCAGGGGUGGGACCUCGCCCAUGGGAUCCGUUCCCCAGGCCCCGGCCUCUCCGCUCUCUCCUCGCCAAUCGCUUGACCUACUUCCUGCCGCCAGGGUGGCGGUAAAGUCUGGGCCGGCCUGUUGGCGUUGCGGGGACCCAGGGCAUUUUAUCGAUAGGUGUCCGGUGAUGGAAGUGGGGACGUUGAUCCGGGUCCCCGACGCGCCAAAGGCUGCCCUCGAUCAGGCUGGCUUAUACCUAAUACCAACAGACGCAUCGAACAGACGGCUCCCCGGCCUGAGUUGGGCGGUAGGGGUAUGUGGCGAGGGGGGCGUGGUUUAGCGGAAUCCGCAACGGGAGAGAGACGGAGGGAGCAGAGCGAGGCGUAAGUAGGUCAAAUGCAAUUAACGAACACGUGUGUUUGAUUGCAGUAAUUGGCGUGGAGAGACCGGAUAUAAGCCGAGUCACCGCAGAGAGAAGGGGAGAGAGACACGCUGGGACCUCGUUCUGCACUAGGGAAGCUACAACAGUGCUUUAAAGUUAUUGAAGUU